AUGGAGUUUGUGUCUGGAUACCGAGAUGAGUUCCUUGAUUUCACUGCCCUCCUCUUCGGCUGGUUCCGAAAGUUUGUGGCAGAGCGUGGGGCUGUGGAGACCAGCCUUGAGGGCCGGGGGCAACAGCUAGAGGCUCAGAUCAGAAGGCUGCCCCAGGACCCUGCCCUUUGGGUGCUCCAUGUCUUGCCCAACCGUAAUGUGGGCAUCAGCUUGGGGCAAGGGGCAGAGCCAGGUCCCGGACCAGGCCUGGGGCCCGGCUGGCUGCUGGGAGAUGAGCCCCCCCUCCACCUUCGAGACCUAAGCCCCUAUGUCAGCUUUAUCAGUUUGGAAGAAGGGGAGGAAGGGGAGGAGGAAGAGGAAGAAGAAGAAAAUGGAGAGGAUAAUGCAAGCACAGAGAAGGUAGAACCAGAGGAGGAUGGGGAGCCAGGCCACGGGAGCAGGGAGUCCCCCCAGGAAGCAAAUCCUCCAGGGGAGCCAGAGGAGGCUGAGCAGGAGGCCGGAGGUGGCAAGGAUGGCUGCCCAGAGGACAGGGCAGAAGACAGAACCUGGCCAGAGAGGAGGAAGGGACAGAAAAGUGAGGCUGCCCCCCUGCACCUUUCCUGCCUCUUACUGGUGACCGAUGAACAUGGCACCAUCCUGGGCAUUGACCUGCUAAUGGAGGGAGCCCAGAGGGGUGCCGGCAAGGACUCAGAGACAGAGAACCUGGCUCCUCGGGCCUAUGCUCUCCUCUGCCACAGCAUGGCCUGCCCCAUGGGCUCUGGAGACCCUCGAAAGCCCCGACAGCUCACUGUGGGAGAUGCCCAGCUACAUCGAAAGCUGGAGAGUCUGGUCCCAAGGCUGGGAGUGAAGUUAGCCAAGACCCCAAUGCGGACAUGGGGUCCCCAGCCAGGCUUCACCUUUGCCUCCCUUCGGGCUCGAACCUGCCACGUUUGUCACAAGCACAGCUUUGAAGUGAAGCUGACACCCUGUCCCCAGUGUGGUGCUGUCUUAUACUGUGGAGAGGCCUGUCUCCGGGCCGACUGGCGGCGAUGCCCAGAUGAUGUGAGCCACAGAUUUUGGUGCCCAAGGCUUGCAGCCUUCAUGGAGCGGACAGGGGAACUGGCAACUCUGCCUUUUACCUACACUGCAGAAGUGACCAGCGAAACCUUCAACAAGGAGGCCUUCCUGGCCUCACGGGGCCUCACGCGUGGCUACUGGACCCAGAUCAGCAUGCUGAUUCCAGGCCCUGGCACCCCCAGGCACCCCCGGGGCAGCAUGCCGUCUCUCGGCCUCCUUCUCGACGGGGAUCCCUACCGGCUUCUCCAGGGGGACGGGCCUGCCCUGAUGCCUCCUGUGCCUCCGGAUCCACCCAGGGGCCUCUUGGGCUCGUGGCAGGAUUACUACACAUGGCGGGGCCUCAGCUUGGACUCCCCCAUGGCGGUGCUGCUCACCUACCCACUGACCGUGUACUACGUCAUCACCCGCCUGGUGCCCCAGUCCUUCCCUGAGCUCAACAUCCAGAACAAACAGUCGCUGAAAAUCCACGUGGUGGAGGCCGGGAAGGAGUUUGACCUUGUCAUGGUGUUUUGGGAGCUCUUGGUCUUGCUCCCCCACGUGGCCUUGGAACUACAGUUUGUGGGUGAUGGCCUGCCCCCUGAGAGUGACCAGAAGCACUUUACCCUGCAGAGGGAUGGCCCUGAAGUAUCUGUCCGUCCUGGUUCCGGGGUAUCAGCCCGGCUCAGCUCUGGAACUAAGGAGAAGGGGGGCCGAAGGGACCUGCAGAUCAAAGUGUCUGCGCGUCCCUACCACCUGCUCCAGGGGCCCAAGCCUGACUUGCUUCUCCCUGCUCCGCUCUGGUCCACAGGAUUCAACUCUGGCUUUGGUCUCAAGGACACUUGGCUGAGCUCGCUGCCCCGGUUACAGUCCCUUCGCGUGCCGGCCUUCUUCACCGAGAGCAGCGAGUACGGCUGCGUGAUGGACGACCAGACCAUGGCAGUGGCCACAGGAGGGGGCACCAGCCCUCCACAGCCCAACCCUUUCCGCUCCCCCUUUCGUCUCAGAGCGGCAGACAACUGCAUGCCCUGGUACUGCAACGCCUUCAUCUUCCAUCUGGUCUACAAGCCUCCGCAGGGCAGCGGGGUCCGCCCGGUGCCUGGGCCCGGACCUCCGGCCCCAACUCCCGCAGCUCCUCCCGCCCCCGCCCCCGCCCGAAGGCGCCGAGGAGAAAAGAAACCCGGGCGGGGGUCCCGCCGGCGGAGGUGA